CGAUAUACGAGAGCGUUCUCUCAGAAGCCGGCUCAGACUACUCUAAUUGACCAUCUUUCUCGUGGGCCCCCGCCCUCCGGUUGCUGUGAGGGAAGCCUCGCGAGAUCCUCCUCAGCAAGUGCCUAGUGGUGCCAUCUUUGUGCCUGGCGAGCGACGGCACCCGACGGGAGCCGUGAAGCCGGCGGUUCUCUUGCCUAGUUCUCGCCGAGACCGGAUCCAGGAAAUACGAGGCGGACCUCGGUUUAUUUGACAGUCUUCUCAAUUAUAGAUACCACGCUUCGUACAGUUUGUGUUGGAGGGAAGGGAGCGAACACAGUAUAUUCAGGACAGUGUCUUCAGCCUUCAAGGUUUUUAUUGUGAAUUGUUGCUUGUCAAACUGGACAAAGCAUCAGUUGAAUUGACAAAUUGGAGAAAAUGACUGUGGUGUUGGAAGAUUAUUACUAUUGGAAGGCCGGUUAGCAUCCAUUUCCUAAGAGAAACUUGACCACCAUUUGCUCUGGCAUGGCGCAUAGCAGUCCACAGCUUGACAUGCAGGUUCUCCAUGACCUCCGACAACGUUUCCCUGAAAUUCCAGAGGGUGUGGUGUCUCAGUGCAUGUUACAGAAUAACAAUAAUCUUGAAGCCUGUUGCCGAGCCCUUUCCCAGGAGAGUUGCAAAUACUUGUAUAUGGAAUACCAUAGUCCAGAUGACAACAGGAUGAAUAGAAAUCGCCUUUUGCAUAUUAACCUGGGUAUCCAUUCUCCUGGUAGCUACCACCUAGGAGAUGGAGCACAACUUAAUGGUGGCCGAACACUGGUACAUAGCUCAAGUGAUGGACAUAUCGAUCCACAGCAUGCAGCAGGGAAACAGCUGAUAUGUUUAGUUCAGGAACCACACUCAGCUCCAGCUAUUGUGGCUGCUACUCCCAACUACAAUCCAUUUUUUAUGAAUGAACAGAACAGAAGUGCAGCUACUCCUCCUUCACAGCCACCUCAACAGCCAUCUUCCAUGCAAACGGGAAUGAAUCCUUCUGUUAUGCAAGGGCCUUCACCACCACAGCCGCCACCUCCUUCAUACAUGCACAUACCUCGGUAUAGUACAAAUCCAAUUACUGUUACAGUAUCCCAAAACCUCCCUUCGGGACAGACUAUACCAAGAGCUUUACAAAUUCUUCCACAAAUUCCAAGUAAUCUCUAUGGGUCUCCUGGUUCUAUUUAUAUUAGACCAACAUCUCAGAGUUCAUCAGGAAGACAAACUCCUCAGAAUACGUCAUGGCAGUCCUCACCACAGGGCCCAGUGCCUCAUUAUAGCCAACGUCCUUUACCUAUUUAUACACAUCAACAGAGCUAUCAACCUUCUCAGUAUUCUCCCAAACAACAACAGAUCCCUCAACCUGCUUACCAUUCGCCACCUCCUUCUCAAUGUCCUUCACCCUUCAGCUCUCCACAGCAUCAAAUGCAGCCUUGCCAGUUGGGCCACCCGAGUUCCCACGUCUUCAUGCCACCUAGCCCUUCAACUACUCCACCCCAUCUAUAUCAACAAGGACCUCUCUAUCAGACACAGGGAAGCCAUUCAGUAGCCUAUCUCCCAUACACAACAUCUAGCUUACCCAAAGGAUCCAUGAAGAAGAUAGAAAUUACAGUCGAACCCUCUCAAAGACCUGGGACAGCAAUUAAUAGGAGUCCUUCACCUAUCAGUAAUCAGCCGUCUCCACGGAAUCAGCACUCACUGUACACAGCCACCACUCCACCUUCAAAUUCUCCUUCAAGAGGGCUAUCCGGUCAACCAAAACCUCCAUUUAGUGUUAAUCCUGUGUAUAUUACUUAUACACAGCCAACUGGACCUUCAUGCGCUCCAUCACCGUCUCCUCUGGUGAUACCAAACCCAACUACAGUUUUUAAAAUUACCGUAGGCCGAGCAAUGGCUGAAAAUCUUUUAAAUUUAGUGGACCAAGAAGAACGUUCUGCAGCCCCAGAACCUAUUCAGCCCAUUUCAGUGAUACCAGGUUCUGGGGGAGAAAAGGGAAGCCAUAGAUAUCAGAGGAGUUCCAGUUCUGGAUCAGAUGACUAUGCCUAUACCCAAGCCUUGCUGUUACAUCAGCGAGCAAGGAUGGAGAGGUUAGCAAAGCAAUUGAAACAUGAGAAAGAGGUCCUAGAGCGGUUGAAGGCUGAAGUUAACAGUAUGGAGCAUGACCUGAUGCAGAGACGGCUCAGAAGGGUCAGCUGCACCACUUCGAUCCCAACGCCUGAGGAAAUGACAAGAUUGAGAAGCAUGAACAGACAACUCCAGAUAAAUGUUGACUGUACACUGAAAGAAGUUGACCUCCUUCAAUCUAGAGGAAACUUUGAUCCUAAAGCCAUGAAUAAUUUUUAUGACAACAUAGAACCUGGCCCAGUGGUACCACCCAAGCCAUCUAAAAAAGACUCAACAGACCUCUGCACAAUUGAGAGGAAAGCCCGAAGAAUUAGUAUGACCUCAAAAAUACAGGCGGAUGUCUGUGAUGCCCAGGCAGCAACUGCAGAUGAGCAUCUACCUGGCUCCAGACAGAGUCCUCGGACACAUCCCCAAGAUGAAGACUAUGAAGGGGCCCCAUGGAAUUGUGACAGCUGUACCUUUCUGAACCACCCAGCACUAAAUCGUUGUGAGCAGUGUGAGAUGCCCCGGUACACUUGAAUUCAGAAGAGUCUGCACCUGGUUGGAAAUGAAACUUAGAGCACCCAUGAGAAGAAAAAGAAACCGUGGGAAUUUUCAUUUCAGGUUACAUAGGGGGGAGGAGGAUUGACAGACACUGUAGCUGCUGGAGCUCACUAAAGGAAAAAUGGGGAGGGUUCCCCAUUAAGAAAGGGUCCCCCCCCCCUUUCUUAACUCAUUACAGAGUGAGAGACAGAAAGAGACACUUGACACUGGGAAAGGAGUCACUCCUGAAAGAAUGUACACAGAGAAGUCAAGAGCUCUUCUGUGCAAUCCCAUCUAUUCAAGUCACUGCUAAGUGGCCCUUAUGUUAUAAACUAGAACUUUGAAUCGUAGUGUGAUAUGUUACAGUUUAUGCAGACAAACUGUGAAUUCCCAGAGCAGACUUAACCUGGUCACAGCUCUCUGGAAAACCAAGGGGUCCCCAUGCUUCUUCCUGUCUCUUCCUACUGAAGAGAAGGGCAGGAAAAAGCACUCAGAACAUGAUCUUUGGGGGCAAAAUAAUAAGGGUAUUUGUAAU